GGGCAGGACAGGAGGGCGCACGGGACAUCAGCACACCGGCCGGGUCAAGGAGCUGCAAAGAUGGAGAUCCGACCAGACAGGUUUAAGGCGGUCGCGGGCAAAACUUUGGGGAAAAUUCACAGGCUGAUUGAGAAACGGCAGCCAAAUGGAGAAACUAUUGAGCUGUCGGCGGAGGGUCGUCCUGAGCUGGUGGAGGAGAAGGAGCUGCCUGUGGUGGACUGCACCUGCUUCGGCCUGCCCCGGCGGUACAUCAUCGCCAUCCUGUCUGGCCUGGGCUUCUGCAUCUCCUUUGGCAUCAGGUGCAACCUAGGUGUGGCCAUUGUAAGCAUGGUCAAUGAUCAUACUGUCUACAAAGGCAACAAGGAAGUACUUGUGGCUGCACAGUUCACCUGGGAUCCAGAGACAGUGGGGAUGAUUCACGGCUCCUUCUUCUGGGGCUACAUCGUCACACAAAUCCCGGGUGGCUUUAUAUGUCAAAAAUUUGCAGCAAACAGAGUUUUCGGCUUUGCCAUCGUGGCCACAUCGACGCUCAACAUGCUGAUUCCAUCUGCCGCUCGCUGCCAUUACAGCUGCGUCAUACUUGUCAGGAUAUGCCAGGGCCUUGUAGAGGGCGUAUCAUACCCAGCCUGUCAUGGGAUCUGGGCCAAGUGGGCACCUCCUCUUGAGCGAAGUCGAUUAGCCACGACAGCUUUUUGUGGAUCCUAUGCUGGGGCAGUGGUGGCCAUGCCUUUAGCUGGGAUACUGGUGCAAUACACUGGGUGGCCUUCUGUAUUUUAUGUCUAUGGCAGCUUUGGGAUAUUCUGGUAUUUGUUUUGGAUUCUGGUGUCAUACGAGAGUCCUGCAGCCCAUCCCACCAUCUCACCAGAGGAGAGGAAAUACAUUGAAGAUGCGAUCGGAGAGUCUGCAUCAUUUCUCAAUCCCCUUCAAAAAUUUAAAACCCCGUGGAAACACUUCUUCACCUCCAUGCCAGUCUAUGCCAUUAUUGUGGCCAACUUCUGCAGGAGCUGGACCUUCUACCUGCUGCUCAUCAGCCAGCCGGCCUACUUUGAAGAAGUCUUUGGCUUUGAGAUCAGCAAGGUGGGCAUAGUGUCAGCUUUGCCCCAUCUGGUGAUGACAAUCAUCGUGCCUAUUGGGGGCCAGUUGGCUGACUACUUGAGAACCCACAACCUGAUGUCCACCACCAACGUCAGGAAGCUCAUGAACUGUGGAGGUUUUGGGAUGGAAGCCACCCUCCUGCUGGUGGUGGGCUACUCUCACACAAAGGGUAUUGCCAUCUCCUUCUUGGUCCUGGCGGUGGGAUUCAGUGGAUUUGCUAUCUCAGGGUUUAAUGUCAAUCACUUGGAUAUCGCGCCUCGAUAUGCCAGCAUACUGAUGGGCAUUUCGAACGGAGUGGGAACGUUAUCUGGAAUGGUGUGUCCUCUCAUAGUUGGUGCCAUGACCAAACACAAGACGCGUGAGGAGUGGCAGUACGUCUUCCUUAUAGCCUCACUUGUUCAUUAUGGAGGAGUGGUUUUCUAUGGACUCUUUGCAUCAGGAGAAAAGCAGCCUUGGGCAGACAUAGAGGACACAAGUGAGGAGAAGUGCGGUAUAAUCGACGAGGAUGAACUGGCCAAUGAAACAGAAGAGAUGUACCGUGGAGGGGGGCAGUACGGAGCCAUAAGCCAAUCGGGGGCUGGUUUCAACGGUGGAGGAGGAGGAGGAGGAGCAGGGUCAGGAUGGGUGACAGACUGGGAUAAGUCUGAGGAGUAUGUGCAGCCGCCCGGAUAUAACUCCUACAUGUACGGGGGAGAAGUAGAGAAGGAGCUCACAUAGAAGACUGACGUGACACAAGUUUUAAAAAAUAAUAAUAACAAGAUAAAAAAAAUGAAAGAGGAAGGGUGUUUCUGGAGAACGACUGCAAGAGAGUCACUGAACAGACCUGCUGUGUGCUUCUUAAAAUUUAUAGCAGCACAUAUCAAAAGAGUGGAUCAGAUUCAUUCCACUGUAGGUGUGUGUGUUUGUGUGUGUGUGAGAGAGAGAGAGAGAGACAGUGUGCGUGUGCAAGCAUGUGCAUGCAGAGUGCUAAAUUUACACAAAAAAACUGAUUUCAUCUUCAUCAGAACUCAUCUUACAUCCUGAUGCUGAUGCUCAUUGUGAUUGGUCAGGAGUUCUGUAUCCGCAACUAGGAGAUCCUGUGUGUGUGUGUGUGUGUGUGUGUGUGUGUGUGUGUGUGUGUGUGUGUUUGUGAGAUAGAGAGAGAGAGAGAGAAAUGAUUUAACUCUGCUAUGAAUGUUGGUCUCUGGCGGCUUCAUUAUCCAAGCUGGAGAAUCAUACACUGAGGCAACAGAAUCACCUUUUAAUGGGACUUUUUUCAGCAAAAUGGAAAAGAAUGAGAUGAGGCAAUACACACAAACAUGCCGAGGUGAAAUAAGAUAUUUGCAAUCAGCAAUAAUGUGAUAUUCAACAAAGAGUGAGUAUACUCUGAGGAACCAACUAGUGGAUGGUGGAAAUUCAUUUUUUCGACAACUUUAGCCCCAAACUGGACAGGAAUUGAGAGGACUUUGGGACAUUGAAAGAAAUCAGAAGCUUUAAAUCUUCCAGAUUUCUGUUUUUGGAACACUUUCUAAAAGCCUUUGUGGACAAAUGGUAAAUUAACAGCUGAUUAAAUUAUAAUUAAUUGUGUGUGUGAGAGAGAGAGAGAGAGAGAGACAGAAAGAGCGAGAGAGUUGUGGGCCUGUAUAGCAACUUGCUGAAGCCACUGGGAUUGUGUUGUUUUUAAUUUUUUAUGUGUGAGUCAUGCAUUUACUUUUAUUUUGCUGGGAAAGCACCUUCAGAGCCUCAGUUUUAAAAACCUCACACUUCUAUUCAAUGCAGAAUUCAUCACCAAAUCCAAGCUCUCAAAGCUCCCAGAUAAACUAAACAGACGCCACCAGCCACGACGCCACUGAGUUUAACUUUCAAACUUCCUAAUCAAAGUGAAAAGAAAAAAGGUGCUUAGGUGUUGUAAAGUUGUACGUAGAUGAGUGUAAAGCUGUAAAACUUCCCUUCACCUGUGUGCUUGACUUUGCCGCCUACAGUUUCUCACUGCAUCUCAUGUCCAGCCACGCUUACAGGUCACAGUCGCCAGUAAUCAUCUGACAAUUCCCACUUUCUAUUCAGUGUGUAUAGUCUCCCUCAGCUUGGUACAUAUUUAUAACACUCCCAGGCCUCGCAGCACUUUCUGUUUAUGCCUUUUCUUGUUUCUCUGGCAGCCUCUCCCUCCAUUUUUCCUCCUUGUCUUAUCUUUCUCUCAACAUCAGUCGUGUUUGUGCGGGUAAAUCCAAGCUUUUCAGAUCGACUGUGUGUGUCUGUGUGUGUGUGACAGCAAGUGUGCUGUUGUGUUGGGUGCAGGUGCUGAAAAGUUGUGCAGUGAGCAUAUUUAAUGGACACAGUGGUGCAGUACUGUGCCAGCCCUCAUAUUUUCCCUUUUACACACAAACACACACAGGGGGGCUAAUUUCAUGCGAGUGCACAGUGAAUCGUGCAGACAGAGUUUGAUAGGCGAACAUUAUUAGAGAAUGUGUGAAGUUCAGCUUCACUUAUAUCUUGUAAGAGUAGAGAACCUCAGCUUCCUGCCUGUCAAGCGCACUGGCAGCUGGGAAAUGGAGUACAGUCACAUACGGGCGAGGUAAUCUGUAGUAGUACUGGACUUGUGUACACACAGACACACACACACACACCACUCCUGCAUCUGUUCGUGCUGACAGACAGUACAUCUGUUGGUGGUACUCAGUGGGUCAUGUUUGCGAGAUAAAACUGCAGUGCUGGACUGUUUAAAAAGGACGUGUUUGAUUCACUUGGGGGUUUAGUUUUUAAAUGUGUUGCUGUGUCGAAUAAUUACAAGAAAAAAAGUGCAAAAGGUCAGUUGCCAUUUUUUGAGUGAAAAGUCUUAAAGACGUGAAUGAUGAUAACUGUGAACAAGUUCAUUUUGUGCGUGUUGUAUCAGUGUAUCUUUGAUCUGCUUUUUUCUUCUUUGUCUCAGUUUAUGGCUGCUCCAAUGUUUUCCUUCCCAUCCUCAAUGAAAUGUGUGGUUAUCUGGUGGGACUUGGUGUAAAAAAAAAAAAAUUAAAAAGACAAGAAAAGAUCUGUAUUUAAAAAUGCAAAUAUAUGGAAAAUAUUUUAUGUAAAAAAGUGUACAUGUGAGAUAACCUUGUGUAUAAUAAAAUUCAAGCAAUUUAAGAUGAUGUCACUAUUUCAGUGCAAUUGUGUCAUCGGGAUUUUAUCACCUAAAACAUGAUGACGCAUUAAAAUGGUGUUGGUUUUCA